AUGUCGCAGUUUCUGCUGGGUUGCAGUAGUAUUCUUGUAUCCGUAUUAGGAACGUCAAUGCGACCGAGAGACGCUUGUGAAUUCCAAAGAGGCUCAAGACGGCCACCGGCGGCUUCCACGUGUUCUGGAAGGCGAAUGCCAUUCAAGGAAGGUCACAACAUCAAAGAUGAAAAAUGCUGUCAAUUGACCGAAAUCCAAGCUGCAGCUGCGGUAAGGCGCCUUGAUGUGAUAAUAGGGCGCAACAAAAUCAGGGCCUUGUCUGCAGUCGCCACAGCCACAGGGCGUCGCCGCUACACGUGCUAUGGUCCAAACCAAUUUAUGGAUGCUGCAACAAACUCACCACAAUGUCGGACAAACACGUGGGAGAGCAUUGCAUGCAAUUGCGCUGCUGGUACAGCCUUCGAGGGUACAGUACGAUGUUCAAGGAGUAUGACAGUGCAGACAAACAACACUUGUUCCCAUGCUACUCGGACAUGA